GGCGCUGCUGCAGUGAUAGGGGAGGGGGAGCAGCCGCCAUCUUACCAGUUGGCGGAGGAGACCGGGGUGGGAAACGAGCGGUCGCUGGGAGCGGCGGCAACAACAGAUCUGAUCUAAGCACCAUGGAAUAGGAAGACGUAAGAUUUCAACAUGAUUGGAGGCCUGUUCAUUUAUAAUCAUAAAGGGGAGGUUUUAAUCUCUCGAGUCUACAGAGAUGACAUUGGGCGGAAUGCAGUGGAUGCUUUCCGGGUCAACGUCAUCCACGCACGGCAGCAAGUGCGCUCACCUGUCACCAACAUUGCCCGCACCAGUUUCUUCCAUGUCAAGCGUUCCAACAUCUGGCUGGCUGCUGUCACCAAGCAAAAUGUCAACGCCGCUAUGGUUUUUGAGUUCCUCUACAAGAUGUGUGAUGUGAUGACUGCCUAUUUUGGAAAGAUCAGUGAAGAGAACAUCAAGAACAACUUUGUGCUCAUCUAUGAACUCCUGGAUGAAAUCCUGGACUUUGGUUACCCUCAGAAUUCUGAGACGGGGGCCCUGAAAACAUUCAUCACUCAGCAAGGAAUCAAGAGCCAGACUAAGGAAGAGCAGUCUCAGAUUACUAGCCAGGUGACUGGUCAGAUUGGUUGGAGGCGUGAAGGGAUCAAAUACCGCCGCAACGAACUCUUCCUGGACGUGCUGGAGAGUGUGAACUUGCUGAUGUCACCCCAAGGUCAGGUACUGAGCGCCCAUGUCUCUGGCAGGGUGGUGAUGAAGAGCUACCUGAGCGGGAUGCCAGAGUGCAAGUUUGGCAUGAAUGACAAGAUUGUAAUUGAGAAACAAGGCAAAGGGACAGCAGAUGAAACAGGGAAAAGCGGGAAGCAGUCGAUUGCCAUUGAUGACUGCACCUUCCACCAGUGCGUGAGGCUCAGCAAGUUUGACUCGGAGAGGAGCAUCAGCUUCAUACCCCCAGAUGGAGAGUUUGAACUGAUGAGGUACCGAACCACUAAGGACAUCAUCCUGCCUUUCCGCGUGAUCCCCCUGGUCCGGGAGGUGGGCCGCACCAAGCUAGAGGUGAAGGUGGUGAUCAAAUCCAACUUCAAACCUUCCCUCUUGGCUCAGAAGAUAGAGGUGCGAAUCCCAACGCCUCUGAACACUAGUGGAGUACAAGUCAUUUGCAUGAAAGGGAAGGCAAAAUACAAGGCCAGCGAGAAUGCCAUUGUCUGGAAAAUUAAGCGCAUGGCUGGCAUGAAGGAGUCCCAGAUCAGUGCAGAGAUAGAACUGCUCCCUACCAACGACAAGAAGAAGUGGGCUCGGCCACCCAUCUCCAUGAACUUUGAGGUCCCGUUUGCGCCCUCCGGGCUGAAGGUGCGCUACCUGAAGGUCUUCGAGCCAAAGCUGAACUACAGUGACCACGACGUGAUCAAAUGGGUGAGGUACAUUGGCCGGAGUGGCAUCUACGAGACGAGGUGCUAGCCCUGCGCAGCCAGCUGGCUCCCUCCUCCCCAGCCUCCCUUGGUCUCAAAGUACAAUUGAAGAGCGUCUCUGGUCCCUCCUCCGUACAGAGGCUGGAAGCUAGACUUCUGCAGCUCCACUCUGGAAGAAGGACACUGGUGCCUGCUCCGGUUUCAGUUACUGCUGGAGUUGGCGGCUGAAGUCAAGCGGCUCACGAGCCCGGCUCACGUCUUGCUUCUGUCCCAGGGUGUAAAAGGGCCAGCCGCACUACCAACCCCCUUUGUGCUCAUUCUAGGGAACAUCCACCAUGUGAUAACCCCCCCCCCCUUUCUCUUCCGUUAUCACUACUUGCAUCAUAUCCUAGUAUUUUGGGAAGUUCUUGUGCAUAUGUACUCGUAGAAUAGGCCUGAAAACCAUAGACUGGACAAACCUUGAGUUAAUUCUGGCUCCCGUACUUGCUGUGGCUGUUGUGAUUGUUGCUGUGCAGCAAGAGGUGGGGCUCUCCGUUCGCCCUCCGCUGCCCGCCCUCUUCGUUCUCCUCCGCAGUGUCGUUGGGAUGGAGUCCUGCUCUGGGAAGGUUUGUGACCAAAAAGGCUGAGGGUUGGCAUCUCUUCCUUGCUGGGUUGGGGGGUGGCGGUAGCACAACAUUUCAAAGCCUUGGAGGGCAAAGGUCCUCGGAGCACUGAAAACAGCUGACAAAGCCAGCACCUCCUCUCCCCCCCUCCCCCGUGACAGACCCGUGAGGACAGUCUGACAUCAUCAAUGCGAUCUACAGGAUUUGCCCCCUAAUUUAGAAUUGGCCAGUAAAUCAUUCCUCUUCUACAUUCUCCUCCCCCCUCCUUCUUUUGCCUAAUCAGCUCAUGCUUUCUUCUACCAAAAGCUUUGGGUCAAUAGAAAUGCUGCUGCAACCCACAAUCCUCUGCUUCUGAUCGUGUGGUCCUCCCAUUUUGUACACUUGUGAUUUGUCCAGUUCUAAAUCCAAUAAAAGUAUGUAGAACCAG